AUUCUACCAAAACGGGCAGUUUGGAGGUCUAUAGGAAUUUUGAUCUCUCUCCUGAAAAGAGUAAUAAAAAAGGAAAAAAUUCAAAGCUUAUCCCAUGUUAAAGGUUUCAGAAUUUUUAUUAUAAUUUUAAAUUCUCAUUUUCCCUUUGAAAAUUUUGACAAUCUUGGAGUAGUUGUAUUUGGGUGGGGAAGAACAACACAAUGGGGGUAUGGGGUAAUAUGCUUAUUAUAAAGAAACGUAUUCGAUCCCUUGCACUCAAGUUCGAAUUCUUUUUCUGUAAACUAGAUUAAUUAGCUUAGACUAUAAUUUGUAUUUUAAAAAAAAGGAACAUACAUGACACACUAUUUGACUGCUAAGUUUUUCAGUUCUUCUUACAUUCUACCAACCCUUUCUCUAAUACUGAUGACUUAUUUAUUUAUUUAUUAUCUAAUGCACUUUACAUGAGGAACCUAACAUCAAAUCCUUACCUGCACCAGUUUUCUAAUGAUUUUUUAAUCCUUCAUCACCAAUUCAUGCUAAGUCUAUUAUGCAAAAUGUAAAGCUUUUACAAUGCUCAAUAAACCUAUUUAAACCUCCAAAGACUCAACCAUUCAUGUAAAUCUUUUUGGUGCAUUGUAAUCUUUUCCAUUUGAAGAAAAAUGUCCACAGUUGAAGAAGCACCAGACUUUCUUGAAGUUCUUUCUGAUGGAUCUGUAAAACGCUUUGUGCCGGGUGUGGUCCCUGCCUCACCAGAAUCAAUUAAUGGAUUCAAGUCCAAGGAUGUGAUCAUUGACUCCUCAAAGCCAAUUACCGGAAGGAUUUUCCUUCCUGGUAAUCCAACAUCCUUGAGUAAGCUUCCAGUAGUGGUUUAUUUUCAUGGUGGUGGCUUCUGCAUUGGCUCAACCACAUGGCCUGGCUACCAUAAUUUCCUAGGAGGCUUCUCUGUUGCAUCCCAAUCCAUUGUUAUUUCGGUUGACUACCGUUUAGCUCCAGAGCACCGGCUCCCCAUAGCUUAUGAAGACUGUUACUGCACACUUGAUUGGCUUGGUCACCAAGUAAGCUCUGAGCCAUGGCUGGACCAAGCUGACCUCUCCCGGGUGUUUCUCUCCGGGGACAGUGCAGGGGGAAACAUAUCACACAAUGUUGCUGUGAAAGUUAUUCGGAAUAAAAUCAGUCAUGUCAAAAUAAGCGGCUUGUUGUUGAUACAUCCUUAUUUUGGGAGUGAAAGGAGAACUGAGAAAGAGAUGGCUGAAGAGGGAGCAGGGGAUGUGGCAAGCAUUGACAUGUUUUGGAGACUAAGUAUACCUGAUGGCUCCAACCAUGACUAUUUCGGAUGUAACUUUGAGAAGACACAACUGUCUGCAACUGAAUGGAUUGAUGAGUUCCCCGCUGUGGCAGUUUAUGUGGCAGGGUUGGAUUUUUUGAAAGAGAGGGGAGUGAUGUAUGCUGAGUUUCUGCAGAAAAAAGGAGUUAAAGAAGUGAAGCUGGUGGAGGCUGAGAAGGAGUCUCAUGUGUUUCAUGUUUUUCACCCUGAAUCUGAAGCAACCCGUUUGCUUGAGCGAAAUAUGACUGAAUUCAUCAGGAGCCAUUAGCCAUUUUCAGAUGGCCAUC